AACCAAUCCCGUGCAAAUGACGGGUUGAAUACCACUGGCCAGCAACGGGUACUUAAACAGUUUUCCCCGAGCUCAUAAUCAGUUCUGAGCACGCGACCCUUGGCGAAUCACAGACAAAAGCAAUUUGAGACCGGAUCAUCAAAUUUUUGGUGUGCGUGAUAGACGUAUCGUUUUUCAUCCUCACAUUAAGUCUGACAGAAUCGUUGACACGGUUUUACCAGAUUUUUUUUCCGUUCAAUAAAUCCAUGAAAGAAACAAAUCAGUCAAGUGAGCAAAUGAUUAAUCGACAGCCGAGAAACGAAAAAUAACUUCAUUGUCAGAUUGUUACUGAUAAUAGACAGCGAAUGGAUGGAGAGGCGCAGCGGUAAUGUGGAAAACGUUGCGUGGAGCUACAGGGCAGGAAUACCUCCAAAUGCCGCCUGGAAAUCUGCAAAGCCGUCACUCGUUCAAAUCGAGUCUGUCGGUGGAGAUUUUUUUUUUGGGAGGGAUGAUACUACAAAAGCUGACGCUGUUGCCAUCGAUGUAAUACCACAGAAUAAGUGGAGAGACGACCAAAACCGAUUCCACCUUGCGAUUGGGCCCAUUCUCUUGAUGGCCCAAUGUUUCGCCGUUUUACCUGUGUCUGGCGUUCGGUCUCCAGACUCUUCUUAUUUAAAAUUCACCUGGAAAAGUCCUAAGAUUUUAUAUUUUAUCAUCUCGUUGACGGGCGCGAUUACACUUACAGUCAGCAGCAUCGUCCGAGUGUCGCAUUCCGGGAUAACAGCGACAAAGACAACCAAUAUCGUCUUCUUUGGGGCUGCCUGCAUUACAAUGGUGUUAUUUCUGAGACUCGCCACGCGUUGGCCGUGCCUCGUACGCUUUUGGGAAAAGGUGGAAAACGAAAUGAACAUUUCGCCGACGCCAUCGACAGGAAUGCAGUUGAAAACCAGACUUGCUCUCAUUGCUGGUGUCACCAUAACCAUAGCCUUAGUCGAGCAUGUGCUGUCGAUUAUAUCCGGUUAUGCGAGUGCCUUAGAAUGCGCUGCUCUUCGAAGGGAUACAGACAUCGUGGCGACAUAUUUUCAGUCGCAAUUUCCUCAGGUCUUCGAUUUGACGCCUUACAAUUGGUGGAAGGGUGUUCUGGUCCAAUGCUUAAACAUUAUCAGCACCUUUGCUUGGAAUUUCAUGGACCUCUUUCUGAUGUUGGUAAGCUUUGCUCUGGCUUCACGGUUUCGCCAGAUGAACGAUCACCUUUAUGCCAUCAGAUCCAAGGCAAUGCCUGACUGGUGGUGGGCCCAGGCCAGAGAAGACUACAAUCGUCUAGCCAAUCUCACUCGACGAGUCGACUCCAACAUUUCGGACAUCGUCCUGCUGUCAUUUGCCACCAAUCUGUAUUUCAUCUGCAUCCAACUUCUGAAUUCUCUCAAGCCAAGGCUCGGUACUCCACAAACACUGUACACUAGCUUCUCCUUCGGUUUUCUACUCGCCAGGACCGCAGCUGUCUCUUUGUACGCUGCAGCCGUUAAUGACGAGUCUCUUCGACCGUCUCCAGUCCUCUAUAGUGUUUCCACAACUAGUUACUCCAUCGAGGUUCAGAGAUUUUUGAGUCAAAUUACCACGGACAGGAUCGGUCUAACUGGUCUGAACUUCUUCGCGAUCACCAGAGGCCUCAUUCUGACAGUUGCCGGCACGAUAGUCACCUACGAACUGGUUCUGGUUCAGUUCAAUGCAAUGCAGAACGCCGAUUCAACGAUCGUAAACAUCACUGACGCUUGCGAAGUCAAGUAGCUUCUUUUUUAAAUUGUAGAAUCGCUUGUACCUACCUCUCGAUCGCUGUGUAGAAUUGGCAUUGAUUUAUGUAUUUAUACCUGUAGUUGUAUUUCAGCACUUCUAUAUACAUGAAAAGAAUUUUUCUGAUUUACGUUACACUCUUUCUCGAUUAGUCCUAAUUGACAAGUGUUUGCAACAACUUCAUUACCUGCUAUAUGUAUAGGCAUGUACUUAUAAUCCAUGAUUAGUUUGUACAUUCACUUAUCAGCCCAGCACCAAAUGUAUCAUUAGAUCAUGUUGUUUGUGUAUAACUAAUUCAUGCUUUGCCAACCACAAUUUUCUACUGCAAAAUCUUACCUUCUUGAUUUCUAAAUCUAAUUAAGGUAUACGAGCCGGUCAUGAGCCAGUGCCGUACUUACUUCCUAGCAACCAUUCUAUUCAUCUACAACUCGAGGCACUUAGAGUCCCUUUAAUCAGAGUCAUGCCACCGCAUGACCUGUUUUCAUUGGCUAUUUGUAUUUGAAAAUUAAUGGCGGACUUCGAUAGCUGGAUAAUGGAAAAUCAAAAAGUUCGUAAACGUGAAGAUGCUUCAACCUACUCAUUGGUCCUUCGUGUCUAUUCUCAUCACGGUGAUUGCGAUCAAUAUUUUUUUUUCAAACGUCACAGAUUGUAGUAUGAAAACAUGUUAGUUCUCAAUGGUGGGGUCUGGUUCAAAACGAAAACGUCAAAAAUUGUACAUAACUCAUUCGUUAUUUGAAACUCAAGUAACAUUAGUUUCACUUCGCAUUUAUGUGACAACUAUAUCUCAGUAUUAUAAUUCUAUUUAUUUGUAAUAUUAUAAAAAACGUUU